CCAUGAUAAACUUUUGUGUGUGACAACAUAUUAUACUAACAAACAUUACCGAUUAUGUGCAGGAGCAAGAGAUGGAAAUCGAGGCUUUAAAGGCCAUCCUAAUGGAUGAGUUUGAAGAAAUUCAACCUAGCAUAAGUGGAUUGAACACCUCUAAUCCAUGUUUCCAAAUCAAGUUAUGCCUUAAGGAGGAUGAGACUGAUUCAAUCGAUUCAGUUCAAUUAGGGUUCAUUUUCUCACAUACAGAGAAAUAUCCGGAUGAAAUUCCUCUUUUAAAUUUGAAAAGUAUAAAAGGAACUCAAAUAUCGGAUCUCAAAGUUCUGAAAGAAAAGCUUGAACAAGAGGCAUCUGAGAAUCUUGGAAUGGCUAUGAUUUACACUCUAGUUACCUCAGCUAAAGAAUGGCUUGCUCAAAGAUUUGCUCAAGACACUAACAAUGACAAUAUGCAAGAAGCGGUGGCAGCUAAGGAUGAGAUAACUGUACCGCAUGGAGAACCUGUCACCAUUGAGACUUUUUUGGCAUGGAGAGAAAAAUUUGAAGCAGAAAUGGCACUUGAGAGAGCCAAGUUGUUGCCAGAAUCGGCCCUUGCAGGAACUAAAGAGAAGAAAAUUACCGGCAAGGAGUGGUUUCUAAGUGGAAGAGCUUCUACGAAACGUGCAGCACCAAUUAUUGAAGGGUCCAAUGAUGAAGAUGAAGACGAUUUUGAUAUUGAUGUCGAAGUUGAUGAGGAGGACAUGCUUGAUCACUACCUAUCUGAGAAACUAGAAUCAUCUAAUCAGACGUCGGCUUGAAUGUCUGUAGAAAAUUGUUAUGUUGUCAUUGACAAAAACCAAUUAUUCCUGUUAAAGCCCAUAUGCCGGUCUCACCUGAUGGCCAAGUGUGUGUAGUCAAUUUACACACUUGAAUUAAUUUGCUUAUUUCAGUCAGUCAAUAGUUAUGUAGGUAGAAU